AGGAAGACUUCCUCCAGGUCCCUUUUGCCCAGCCAAGUGGCAUCACAGCUUGCAGUGACUUCCUGACAGCUGCUCCGUUCUGCCUGGCUGUAUCUGGGAACCGCUCCGUGUGUAACUAGCACUUGGGAGACAGCAGAUGCUAUUACAACAACCCCUCUCCCCUCCCUCCCUGCUCGUCAGCAGUGCUGGUUGUGAAACCCAAGAGCCUGCGCCCGGACGCUGCCCCAGCUACGUGCUGUCCCCCACCGUGCUCCCUGGCAUCACUGAUGCUGCCUGCCUUUGGUGAAAGCGAGGAGCUUGUGCCCUGAGCCACGAGCUGCAGGGAGAUACUGGUUAAGAGACAGAGGAGAGCGGCCCACGGGAAGGUGAGAUCCUGCAGGUGGAGAGGAGGAGGAGGAGGAGGAAGAAGCAGUGAGGAUGGCCAGGAACUCCGGCACACUGCCCCGGGUGACUUUCCAGACUCCAGAGAAACCUGGGGAGGAAUCAUCACACAGGAAACUGGGCAAGCUAACCAUAAAGUACAACCGCAAGGACCUACAGCGCUGGCUAGACCUGGAGGAAUGGGUGGAUGCCCAGCUGCAGGAGCUGUACCAGUACCCGCUGAGAGAGAAAACAGAGGCACAAGUUCAUGGACCUGAAAUUGAUCUUGAAGAUCUCCUGGAUGUCCCUAAUGAAGAACAGAAACUAAAACUACAGGAAAUCCUCCAUGAAUGCUCCAGCCCAACAGAGGACUUCAUUACAGAAUUGCUCAGUCGACUGAAAGGUCUCCGGAGAAUCACCAAUCCUCAGAAGAAAUUACCUCACCCAUAAGGGACACCAGCUUUGGUCACAAGGAAACAUGCAUCUUCCCCACAAAAAAAAAAUGGGAUCAGCAAGAUAACUUCAGAAUAUGCUUUGGACUUACUGUUAUUGAGACACAUCACCAAGUUUGUGAACUUUGUACCUGUGGUUUGAAGUUUCCACUCCUUCCACAUCUACGUGCACAGCAGGGAGCUACGUUGCAUAUUCGCUUGUUUCUUAAAUGGCAUUUUAACCGUGGGAACAGGACAAGACGUCGCUCCUUUAGUUUCUUCUAGGAAUUUCCAUGCUGGCUGGGGAGUACUGAAUACAAUUCUCAGCAGGUCAUCAAAACUUCUUCCACCCACUGCAAGGAAAACAAGGCACUGGUUAUCACUCAUUCAUCAACACAGAAAAUCAGUUACUGUGAAGCUGCACCCUGCUUCAAGUCUGGCUGGGACCUGACUGUGAUCUCCUACCUGUUACUACUACACCUAACUCUACAGGAUUGAACAUACUUUGUCUGAUUAAGCCUCUGUCAUUCACAAAGGUUGGACAGAAUAUACACAGUAGGAUUGAAGGAAAACAGCCAAGUGCAUCUGGUCAAUACUUAAGGGGAAGUUGGUGAAACAGCUGCUAAGGCUAAUGGAAGAGAUUGUGUUUCCUCUUUGUGGAAUUCAGGCUUGAUGAUUUACAAGUGUCUUCUGAAGGCCUGGGAAUUAUUUUCUCACCAUUUAAAAAGACGUUAAAAAUGCUUAUUUUGUAUAUUAAAACACAGAAAAUCAGCUAUAU